AUGAUGCAUAAUGUGAUUUAUCUCGUAGGUAACAAGGCAUCAGUUACCAUACAGCCAUUUCUUUUGCUCCACCUUAAUAUAUGCCCUGAACAAGUGUGUACAAUAGAAGAUGCACUUAAGUUGUUCUCUGCACCAGAAACACUUGAAGGGUACAGAACAUCUGCUUCUGGAAAGGGUAGAAAAUACGAGCUUGUGGCUACCAUUACUCACCAUGGACGAGAUCCAUGGAAAGGCCAUUACACUGCUGAUGCACGGCACCCAAGUGGCAAAUGGGUACGUUAUGAUGACUCAUCAGUCGCACAAAUAACUGAAAGCAAGGUGCUUCAUGACCAUGCAUAUCUCCUUUUCUACAAACAAGUUUAG